AUGGGGAUGGUGUUCGAAUUUGAUGAUGCCAUGGCGAGGAUGGCGUACGAGCUGUCGACGCUGACGGGGACGCAGGUGAUGCUGCUGGUGGCGAGCGAGACGGGCCACGUGUACACGUUCGCGACGCGGAAGCUGCAGCCGAUGAUCACGUCGGAGGCGGGCAAGGCGCUGAUCCAGACGUGCCUGAACUCGCCGGACCCGCCGCAGGUGUCGUCGCACCAGCACGACCAGCGCAUGUCGGCCACGGGCUACGAGGAGACGGAGCUCACCUACGCCGUCAACGAGGACGAGCACAAGGUACGCCAAAUGAUGUAUUCCGCGCCGUCGCUCAAUUCGAUGCACCAGGGCGGCACCAUGGCGUCGCCCUCGCACCACGCCGCCGCCGCCGCCGCCGCCGCCGCCGCCGCGCUCCAGACCCACCACCACCAGCCCCAGUACCACCACCCGCACCCGCCGCCCACCCCGCACCUCUCCACGCCCACCUCCACCCACCACAUGAGCCACCACCACCACCACCUCAGCCAGGCCUCGCCCGGCCACACGGCCCACGGCGCCCACGGCGACCACGCGGGCGUCGGCCUGCACCAGCACACCCACCUGGUGGCCCCGCAGACGCCCCUGCCCUCCCACUCCCCCCUGCCCCCGCACUCCCCCAUGGGCGCCCCCUCGCCCACGUCGCCCUACCCCAGCGUCCACCACCACCCGCACCACCACAUCCCCACCCACUCGCGGUAGGGCCGCCGCGCCCUCCCCCCCUCAAGGGGCGGCGCCUUUCCUUCUCCUUCGCCCCUCGCCCUUUCGCCCCUGAGGGAGGAGCCCCCCCCUGCCUCCCCCCUCGCGGUUCCCGAGCGGUGUCCCGGCGGCGUUCGCGGCGGCGGCGUGAUCCCCCCCCCCCUCCCCCACGCACCUCGAGAGGGGCCCCUGAGUCGGGCUCACAAAGCGCCGUUGCAUUCGUAUGGAAAGAAGGAAGGAGGGAAGGAAGGAGGGAAGGAAGGGGCGGUGAGCCCUCCUCCUCUCCCCUUCGCCGCCUCUGUCUCCGCUUUACCUUCACUCAGGCCCCCUCCCCCUCCCCCCUCCCCAACCCCCACAUCCAUGCAAGUGCUGAGUCAAGUAGUUGCAUGAUUGUGUUUUUUUUUUUCUUUGCUGUUGUAGUUGUUGACCGCCUCACCAACAAGUGCACGCGUGAUGGUGUGUGUGCGUGUGUGUUCAUCUACACGCGUGUGCAUCAUGCUGUCCCCCCCCCCCUCCCGCACCACACAAAUCCCCUCCCCCCACCUCCCCUCCCCCACCUGUUUACGCUCGUGUGUAUGCAUGUAUGUGUAUCGUGUGCGUACACACCCGCAUGCACACACGUGUACAACUCUUAACUGCGCAGUUUGAAAGGGGGGCGAGGGAGUGCGUCCCUCCCCCUCCCCCCGCCCGCGCUACAGAAUUCCCUCCAGGAGCGUCUUGGGAGAGACUCCUGGCGAGGGCGACCGGAACAAGGGAAGGAAGAUGUUCAAUGAUGACGAUGACGACGAUGUUGAUGACGAUGAUCUCAGUGUGAUGACUCGUGUGCCAUACAUGUACAAGCAGUGUCAGAGACGAGCAGGGGGCCACGCAGCGCCAGGGGCCGUGCAGUGCCAAAGGGCCAUGCUGUGCCAAAGCCAUACAGUGCCACGUGCCAUGCAGUGCCAAGGGUUGUGGAUUUCCAAAGCUCAUUGAAUUCCAAUUUCCAUACACAGUGCCAAGGCCUCUGCAGUGCCAAGGGCCAAGCGAAGGCCUGCGUUGCGUGCCCCUCGCCCUCACGACACGCUCAGGUAGGCCUAGAUUUCCGAGUACUUACCUCCCUCCCCCUCCCCUCCCUCCCCCUCCCCCUCCCCCACCGUUCCUGCGAAGCGGUGGGUCGGCGGCGAGUCUCUCCAGGCGGUGAUGAGUAAAACAUGAGUGAUGAUGAGUAAAGGACUGUGGCGAUUCACGUUUCUUUGUUUGUUUGUUUGUUGGCAUUUGAGAGAGAAUUUUAUUUUGCUUCUGUGAUUUUUAAUUUCAUGUAGAGGUUUGUUGGCUUGAAGGUCAGAAUACAUUUAUCUGGAAACUCAUUUUUCUUUUUUUUAAUUACGAUAAGGAUAUAUAUAUAUAUUUAUAUGUUCCCCCCAAAAGAUGUGUUAAUUGUUAUUCGAUUCGAUUUGUUAUAUAUAUGUAUAUUUUUUUUGCAUUGUAUUCUCUCGACACAUUCCUUAGGGGGGUGCUCUACCCCCCGUACCCCCUCAUGUACGGGGCGAAGCGGAGGAAAUGAUGCUUGUGAUAAAGAUGGUGAUAAAGAUGGUCAUGAAGAUGCUGAUGAUGCUGAUGACGGCUUUGCAAGUGUCAGAGAGUCGGGUCCUUCCAAUCUGUUUACAUUUGGGGUCAUUUUGUGUUGUGCCAUUGUGAUUUUUACACUUUUUUAUUAUUAUUGUGAUGAUGAUAGUGGUAGUGAUUGUUAUGAUGAUGAUAAUGAUUUGUUAUUAUCAUUAUCAUUAUUGUAAUUAUUUAUUUUAUUUUAUUUUAUUAUUGAGAUGUUUAUUAUUUUUAUGCUGAUUAGUGUUAUUGUAACAGUGCACGUUAUUGUAUCAGUGUGUGGUAUUGCAAAAUUUCUCUUCUUAUGUGGUUUAUUAUGUUUUUUAUGUUUUUAUGUGACAUGUUUCUUAGUUUCUUUACAUGUCCAAUCCCAAAGCAUGCCUCUGGUUUCAGCUUGCUUUCCAUGUUACUUUUGUUUGUGUGUUUGUUUAUUGUGUAUCAUCAGUUAUCAAUUGUGUUUUUUUUUUCAUUUUUCAAACCACGAUUUGUGUUAUUGUGUUUUAUCGAUUUGUUUUUUUGUCUUGUCUUGUCCUUUCCUCUCCCGACACAUUCCCAACACGUGGCUACCUCAAGAGAACUCACAGACGCCACCUCCCCCUCCCCCUCCCUCCCCCCGCCCCCUCCUCUGCCCCAUGCCCAUCCUUCGACCUCACCGCCCCCCCCCUCCAUGACCCCCCCCCACGUCCCCUUUGAGUGUCUUUCAUGAGUGUCUUAGCUUCCGUGUCUUCACAAGAGUGCCUUAGGGAGUGUCUGGCAGUGUCUGGCGUCGAUCCCGGGCAGGCAGACAGGCAGACAGAUAGGCCUGGCUUGCCCGCGGCGAUGACUUUACCUCAUGAAAAGGUAUAGAAGUGAAACUCUUCAUAUAUAUGUAUAUAUAUAUAUAUAUAUAUAUAAGUAUAUAUAUACGUAUAUAUAUACGUAUAUGUAUACACAUAUAUAUAUGUAUAUAUAUAUAUAUAUAUAUAUAUAUAUAUAUAUAUAUGUAUAUAUAUAUACACGUAUGUAUGUAUGUAUAACUAAUGUUAUAAAGUAAUAUGCAUUACUUCUGUCAUAUUUUUGGGAGUGAGAGAAUGAGUGCCUUCGCGUGGCUGUUUGUCUGAAGCGGCCGCAAUUGAGGACACGCGAAAGCAAGAUUGUGGGCGUGAGCAGGUACGAGGGGGCGUGUCUGCGCCCAUGUGUGUGUGUGUGUGCUUGCCCUGUGCCCUGCCCCCCACCACUACCCCUACCCUCCCCCCUCCUACAUGAUCUUUACCAAAUGUGAUGACUUCAUUAGUUGUAAUGUUCCCAGUGGGUCCAUAUUUUUACUGAUAUUGUAGGCCUAUAUAAUAUUAUUAUUAUAUUAUAACUAUUUUAUACUUGUAGAAAUGUUCUUUUUACGACGAAAACGAACUGAGGAGCUGUGUUCUUCUUCAAUCUGUUUUUUCUUGUCUUUGAUAUAAAUUAUAUUUGAUGUCGCCGUCGUCGAUGACGAGAGAGAGAGAGAGAGAGAGAGAGAGAGAGAGAGAGAGAGAGAGAGAGAGAGAGAGAGAGAGAGAGAGAGAGAGAGAGAGAGAGAGAGAGAGUGUUCUUAUUGUUGUUUAUAUCUAUACCUAGUGUUCUCGUGCCAUUCGAAGAAGUAUAAAAACAAAAACAAAUUUAAUUGUGCGUGCGUGCGUGCGUGUUCCGUCUUCGAAGUGAGUGAAGGUUGUGUUACAAGACAAAGUCGCAGCGGCCCCUGUGACGAGGGUGACGUCCCAGCCCUCAUGACGUCGUCCCAGCCCUCAUGACGUCACAGCCCUCAUGACGUCACGGGCUCGUUACGUAAUAGCUUUAUUGGACACGCGAAGAAGUUGUGACUGAACAUUUCCGUUUGAACGAAGGACUGCCGUGGUCUUCCCUCAAGCCCCGCCCACUGACCGCCGUCCCCGCCCCCAGUCUCCGCCCACAACCCUUGCAAGCUCCGCCCACGCCAGCCGGAAGGAGGCCCUCCACGCGGGAUUCCCUCGAGCCGAUUCUGCAGCGGCGCGUGGGCGUUCAGGACCAGACUCCGCCCACCCUGAGCAGCUCGUGGGCGUCGAGAGGAGACUCCGCCCAUCCUUGGUAGCGCGUGGGCGUCUAGAGAAGACUCCGCCCACCCCUCACGACACGUGGGCGUCCAAGAGACUCCUCCGCCCUUCCUAGGCAGCGUGCGGGCGGCUAAGCAAAUCCUUCACCCAUCCUGUGGAGCGUGUGGGCGUUUCAGAGUAGUCUCCGCCCAUUCUCAUCAUCGUGUGGGCGUUUCAGAGAAAACUCCGCCCAUCCUAAGCAGCGUAUAGGCGUGUAAGGCUCCGCCCAUCGUCGUGUGGGCGUUUUAGAGAAGAGUCCGCCCACCUCGAUCGGAGUGCGGGCGUUUUAGAGAAGAGUCCGCCCAUCGCGAUCGGUAUGUGGGCGUGUAGGACUCCGCCCCUCGUGAGCGUGGUGUGGGCGGCGCGGGCUGAGGGCAGUAAGGACACACUAGUCGCGCGAGUCGCCCCCCCCCCCCCCCCCGAGUCGUGGCCAACAGCUUUAACCUGACGAUCAAGAGAGAUUUGACGGGCAUGUUGGGUGUGGAGAAGAGGGAGGGGGAAGAAGGAAGGAGGAAGGGCAGGAGGAAGGAUAGAGGGAGGUGGAAGGAGGAAGGUGGAAGAGAAAGAAAGGGAGGUGGAAGAUGGAGGGAGGAGGAAGUGGGAGGAUUAGAUGAAGAGGGAGAAGGGAAAGGAGGAGGAGGAGAAUCGGAAGGAGAAAUUAGACGAGAUAAUUGUAGUGCCUCCUCUCCCCCUCGCCCCCUCAUGCCUCCUCCUCCUCUUCCUCCUCUUCUUCCUCCUCUUCUUCCUCCUUCUCCUUCUCCUCCUCCUCCUUCUUCGUCUUCUUCUUCUUCU